CCUAGCUGGCCCAGCCCCACCACUUGUGCCAAGGAAUGUGCCUGGGAGAGGUGGCCUGAGGCGGGCGGGGCAGCAGAGCCACGACCACCCGGAAGCAGCACACAGGUCAACGUGGAGGUGCCCAGCCACCAUGCUCAGUCUCAAGCUACCCCAACUCCUUCGAGUCCACCAGGUCCCCCGGGUGUUCUGGGAAGACAGCAUCAUGUCUGGUUACCGCCGCCCUACCAGCUCGGCCUUGGACUGUGUCCUCAGCUCCUUUCAGAUGACCAACGAGACUGUCAACAUCUGGACUCACUUUCUGCCCACCUGGUAUUUCUUGUGGCGCCUACUGGCGCUCGUGGAGGGCCCAGGCUUCCGGGCGGAGCCCUACCACUGGCCGCUGCUCGUCUUCCUGCUGCCUGCUUGUCUGUACCCUUUCGCAUCAUGUUGUGCGCACACCUUCAGUUCCAUGUCGCCCCGCGCACGGCACGUCUGCUACUUCCUGGACUAUGGCGCGCUCAGCCUCUACAGCCUGGGCUGCGCCUUCCCCUAUGCCGCCUACUCCAUGCCGGCCUCCUGGCUGCACAGCCGCCUGCACCGGUUCUUUGUGCCUGCCGCCGUACUCAAUUCCUUCCUGUGCACCGGCCUCUCCUGCUACUCCCGGUUCCCUGAGCUGGAAAGCCCUGGGCUUAGCAAGAUCCUCCGGAUGGGAGCCUUCGCCUACCCCUUCCUCUUUGACAACCUCCCACUCUUCUAUCGGCUGGGACUGUGCUGGGGCAGGGGCCACAGCUGCGGGCAGGAGGCGCUGAGCACCAGCCAUGGCUACCACCUCUUAUGCGCACUGCUCACUGGUUUUCUCUUCGCCUCUCACCUGCCUGAGAGGCUGGCACCAGGACGCUUUGACUACAUUGGCCACAGCCACCAGCUAUUCCACAUCUGUGCCGUGCUGGGCACCCACUUCCAGCUGGAGGCGGUGCUGGCUGACAUGGGAUCUCGCCAAGACUGGCUGGCCCCGCACGACCCCUACCUGGGCCUGGCAGGCACAGUGGCCACACUAGGCUUGGCGGUGGCCGGGAACCUGCUCAUCAUUGCUGCCUUCACAGCCUCCCUAUUUCAGGCCCCCAGUACAUGCCCCCUGCUGCAGGGUGGCCCACUGGAGGGGGCUGCGAAGGCCAAACAACAGUGAGGCCCCAUCUCUGAGCCUGUCCCUGGAAGGAGGCAAAGGCCAGGCCUUGGUGUUGGGGAGGAGCCCAGACCCAGACCUGGAAAAGUGGGGGCACAACUGAGCCUGGAACAAGGAGUGACUGAGGGGAGAGUGCAGAGGAUAAAAGGCAGAGGAGGGGAGAGAGGAGCUGUUGGGGCCGGCAGAGAGCAGGGGGUCAGCGAG